CAGAGGUCGCGAUUAAACGCUUACUCAUACGCAGUAUCGGGCGAGGUUUAUGUUGGUUGAGAAUUUGCAAGUCGCAUCAAGUCUUAUUUGAACAAAUACGAAAUGUUUUACGAUUUUCGAGAUUCGAAGAUAUAUGGAAAGCAGAAGAAAAAUAUUUGUUUUGUUUAUUGCAAUGAAAAUAGUACCAGAGGGAGACAGCUAUACUCGUAAGCAGCAGCACGUAGAUACAUGAUUGCACAAGCGAGUAAAGACAUUAAAAUAGAGAGAGAAAGAAAGAAAGAACGAAGGUAAACUUGCACAAGACAGUAGAAGGGAUGCGACGAAAUCGGCCGUAAUUCGAUCGAAGCACUGAUUUACGCAAAAAUAUAUUCGAAAUGUUUGAGCCGACUGAACAGGGAAAGGAUCUGUGCAUUCAUACCGGAGUGGUACUUCGAAGUGCAAAUACAAGGGAGGACGAGGUUCACAGUUUAGGCACUUUAAAUAUCGUUGAAUACAGUUUUGGCAAAUGCAUAGAAUGGAAACCUAUAGAGGAUUCUGUAGUAUCAGAAAAUCAAGAUCAAGAUCCUGAAUGGUCUUUGGUAGAUACUCAUACUAGGCGUACUCAUACUUCCUCAGAAGGACCAGAUUCUCUUGGUCGUACAAGAAUCGUCAGAAUUUUAUUCUCAGACUUGAAUUCGUUUCGUGUUAACCAUGGAGGACAACAACUUAUAUUCAUGCAGAAGGAUGGUACCACCUAUGUUGCCUUUUUUCAAUUAUCUAAUGCAGAAAGUUUUGUAAAUUCUUUAAAAGGUUUUAUUAAAUUUGUAAAGUCUCGUGCAAACAGAAAUUUGUAUAUUGUUGUGGAUGAAGUUCAGUCUGUUCUCAGUAAGUCAUUUGCUGAAUUAGAUUUGUUCCAAGAAAAUACUUCAGAUUAUGUUUGGAAGUUUGUGAAAAAUUUACAUAACCGUCCAUAUGAAACAACGUUAGAAGCAUUUAGUAAACUGGCAGAUAUUUGGUUAUACAAAGAACCAGUUAAGCGUCCAGUUGAAGAAGCAGUUGCAGAUCUGCUAAAUAGUUCCCUUACAAUUGAUGUUCCUCAUCCACCAGUAUCUGUUGGUUCUGGGGAAGAAUAUGAAGUAAUAGGUCAUGGACUAGGAGUAACGUUACCUCCGCGACCGCCUUGUCCGAGAGGUUCACCAUUGUCGCAAGAACAAUGGAACAAAUAUAAGGAUCCUGAGGGAAGAAUUGUAAAUCCUCAGGAAGUAAAAGAAGUUAUAUUUCGUGGGGGAGUUGCCCCGUCGUUACGUUUCGAGGUAUGGAAAUUCUUAUUAAAUUACUACCCAUGGGAUUCUACUCACAUUGAAAGGUUAGAACUUAAAAAAAAGAAGACUGACGAAUAUUUCAUGAUGAAGUUACAAUGGAGAUCUAUGACUGUCACGCAACAAAAUAAUUUUUCCGAUUACCGAGAUCGGAAAAGUUUGAUAGAGAAAGAUGUGAACAGGACAGAUAGAACACACCCAUACUACUCGGGCGAUAAUAACCCACAUUUAGCACAAUUAUACGAUAUUCUUAUGACAUACGUGAUGUACAAUUUCGAUCUAGGAUACGUUCAAGGUAUGAGCGAUCUUCUUAGUCCUAUAUUGUGCUUAAUGGAAAACGAAGUUGAUGCAUUUUGGUGCUUUGUUGGGUUCAUGGAUAAAGUUUGUACCAAUUUCGAGAUUGAUCAAGCUGGAAUGAAAGCCCAAUUAUGCCAAUUGUAUACUCUCUUGAGUACUACGGAUCCACAAUUAGCACAUUAUUUGAAUAAACACGAUUCUGGAAAUAUGUUCUUCUGCUUCCGUUGGCUUCUAGUAUUGUUCAAACGAGAAUUCAACGCGAUAGAUAUAAUGAAAUUGUGGGAAAUAUUAUGGACGGAUUUACCGUGUAAAAAUUUCCAUUUACUAUUAUGCGCAGCCAUCUUAGAUACAGAAAGAAAUGUACUCAUGGAUAAUCGUUACGGAUUCACAGAAAUACUAAAGCAUAUAAACGAUCUUUCACUCCAUAUCGAGUUACCCUGGACAUUAUCUAAAGCAGAGGGUAUUUAUCAUCAGUUAAUGGCUGUAGCGGACCAAUUACCUGAUAACGUUCGCGCAGUAAUUGGACUAGAACCUUUAAAUAAAACGUUGGUAACUAAUGAUACCGAAAACGGCGAAGCCUCUGGUCAAGACACUGACGAAGUUGAUGGAGUCAACGGUAGCCCAAGAAGAAAUAGUACAGAAAGUGAUAACGUUAAAUUUGGAAAUAAUGAAGUGUCGUUUGAACGCGGGUUAAAUUUAUCGUACAUGUGAGACCAGGAUCGAUCGUUCAUCAUAAUUUGAAGAACGUGUUGUGCACCACAGUCAAUUCUGCAAAAUUUAUACUUUUAAAAGUUAAUGUUCAUAGUCCUGUUUUUGGAGAGAACAUAUGUAUUGUUUGUGGAAAUAACUCAGUCAUGUCUUAGUGAUUCUUAACGAACUGUAUCGUUGUCUGAAAUGCGUUGUAAAAAGAAAUGUACGAAAUGUAUUAUUCCGAUUGAACGCGUCGAUCGCUGAACCUGAAAUUUUGCUGCAUAAAUGUCAAAUAUUACGUCGAAUUUACAAAGUUACAGCAAAAAUUUGUUAGUAGCGUUGAAUUUUGAGAUAUUUAUAAAAUUUAUUGUAAUUACAGAGAGAUUAUAGACCAUGCGCAUAUUAUUUAGUAAAUAAGUAAGGAGUAGUUUCAUACAUAUAUGUAUGUAUGUUCUUUGUCUUAACGAUACUUUUAAUGUACACAAAUUCUUAAUCAUGUGCAGAAACUAUUCACAGCAUAUUUUGAAUUCAACUGGUGUUUAUGCGUUUGUUAUUUUCACCUAAGUUUGAAUAUCUUUUUCCAGAUUUGUAUAAAGCCUCACGAUAGUACUGUAUAUUUCUAAUAAAAAUUACCUAAUUAAUCUUU